CAGAACUGUGUUGAAUACUUUUUUUUAAGGGAAAAAAGGUUCAUCGUCUGUUAGGCCACCACAUUCGUAUUGGACAUUGUAUUAAAUGGGAAAUAUGAAUGUUUUGUAGGUAUUCACUAAUAUUAGUGACUAGACUACUUCGUGGACUGGACGAGUCCUUUUAAAUCUCAGCGUUCAUAAUAUUUGUAGGUUGAGAAAGUGGCAUAAAGCCACCCGCUAUAAGUAUGGCGGCCGGAGGCGCUUCUGGAGCAUCGCAUGUCGGCGACAUUGAAGAGGAUGCAUCGCAACUUAAUUUCCCUAAAGAAUUUGAGAACGCAGAGACACUGUUGAACUCUGAGGUUCACAUGCUUCUGGAACAUCGGAAGCAGCAGAACGAGAGUGCAGAGGACGAGCAGGAGCUGUCGGAGGUUUUCAUGAAGACGCUCAACUACACGGCCCGCUUCAGCCGAUUCAAAAACAGAGAAACUAUUGCGAGUGUCCGCAGCUUGCUUCUCCAGAAGAAGCUCCACAAGUUUGAAUUGGCUAGUCUGGCAAAUCUGUGUCCAGAGGCUGCAGAAGAGGCAAAGGCGCUCACGCCAAGCUUGGAGGGGCGAUUUGAGGAUGAGGAGCUUCAGCAGAUUCUUGAUGACAUUCAGACAAAGAGAAGCUUCCAGUAUUGAGGAGACCACACAGUCCUUGCCCACUGCCCCUUAGCUUGUACAUUACUCCCAUGUUGUGAUGACAGCAACAGUGAAAAUAGAGUGGACACCUCAAUCUUUUUAUACACAAAAUACUGUCUGGGUGUUAUCAUGAUUUCCUGUGUCAGCCAUGUUGGAUAUCAGAGCAAGUGUGGACAAUUAUGCAUUCCUGUACAUAGCAAAUAAAUUUGUGACAAGUUUGUUUA